AGUCAAUAUUUUUGACUCUAAUGAAUGAGUACACGGAUUGGAACCGUCCGGUCGACCACCCGAUCAACCUCUUGGACUCGACGGUCGAUAUACUGGGCGAUGCGCUCCGCGUCUCAUCGCUUAUAGAGAGCGGAGAUUUGCACUCAAAGUGGAUCUCCGCUCAGCCCAACCCUCAACACACCUCACAAUACAACCAUCACUAUCACCAGUCAUCACAACAACCGUCACAACCGUAUAUUUCGUUUAACGGGGGUAACGGUGCUGAUGGGGCUAAUGGGGCACUGCCUGGCGGACCGGGUGGUAGCGGUGGUGGCCGUAACGCCCGCAUCUAUUUCUAUGUCUUUGCAUAUCAGAGCGAAGAUGGUAAUAAGUUGCUGCACCAAAGGUUGGGUUGUAUGCACGGCGAAGAGUUGGCGUAUUUGUUUGGCGCCCCUCUCGCUGUCCAACUGCUCGGCCGACCCGUCGGUCACUUCGCCGCCAACUAUAGUAAGCCUGAGGUCACGCUCUCGGAGGCAGUGAUGACCUAUUGGACCAAUUUUGCCAAAUAU